AUGGUGGCUAACUCGCCGUCCCAAUCUGUCAGAGGUGUCCCUCCUUUGACACCAGCUGAUGCCGUUGUCGUGGACUCGACUGUGCCAAUAGAGGGCCGUGCUGAACCAGCAGGACCAGAAGCAGAAGAAGAGGAUCUCUACAUCACUGUGGUGGAAAGUUGGGACGAUGAUGCCGAUUCUGAUUCCUCCAAUGAGGGGGACGUUUAUCAAAAUUGGCCAGCCUCACCCACAGCUAAUGGACCCAUGAGAGGAGACCAAAUAGACAACCUACCUAACAACAUCGCUCGUUCCCCAAGUCUGGCGCCUCCUCGGCCAGUCCUGCCUCUUCCUUUACCCGUUAGCCAAUCAGCAAAGAGUAGGAAACCUUCCACACAAAAGACGCCAAGAGUGGCAACCAUCCGAGUAUCAAGAAAGAAAGGAAAACGCCCGGACAUUGGUCCAGAAAGUGCGGUGGUCCGAGCAAGCUGGUUGGAUGUCUGGAAGGGCUUCAGACACAAUGUCUAUUGGGCAACCCUGGAUGGACAGUUGAUGUUUCUGUGGAAAAAACGGACAGACCAGUUCAGCGAGGUUCUCUUUCAUGUGUCCAGCAUCACAAACGUGAAAAAACUUGACAAAGGCAGAUUUUCCAUCUACUUCAAGAAGAAACAUUAUGACUUCAUGGCUCACAGUGAUGAUGUUCAGGACGGUUGGGUCCAGUCUCUGCUAGCGACUCGAGGUCAGCCCAGUCCGGAUGCUCCGGACAUCCACGGAUCGAUCACGGUCAAGGACCCCAAGAGCCGCUUCUAUGCGGCCAUCUGGGGUCAUGACUUCUGGAUUUACCAGAAUAAAGACAGCUACCAGCUGGGUGUGGCCUGUUACAGCAUUCCCCUCAAUCUGGCCACAGUCCGAACCACAGGAAAACAUUCCUUGACCCUCACCACACCAUUCAAGACCUUCAAUCUGUCUGUUGAUUCGUCGAAGGAUCUGUCCAUUUGGCUCGAGGGUCUGUCCUCGUCCAUAAGCAGUGCUCUAUCCUGCAGCCAGGUGGCGACGCGCCUGUGGAAAAACCCGUCUAAUCGUCAGUGCGCUGACUGUGGCACUACCGACCCCGAAUGGGCUUCAGUCAACCUGUUGCUCGUCAUCUGUCACAGCUGCGCAGGGCAACAUCGAGCUCUGGGCAGCACCCGGUCCAAAGUCCGCAGUUUGAAGAUGGACAACAAGGUGUGGACUGAACCACUGAUACAGCUCUUUGUUGCUCAUGGAAAUCGCCUGGCCAAUCAGGUGUGGGCACCCCUGGUACCCACUGCUGAGCAGAUUGGUCCAGAUUCUUCUGAUGAGAGCAGAUCAAAGUUCAUCCAGGAUAAAUACAGCAAGGGUCGCUACCGACGAGUACAUGCCCUUGCAUCCUCUGCUGAAUUGAUGCAACAGAGGCUGCGAGAGGUCGUUUGUGGUGGGGAUGUAGAAGAAACUUUGUCACUGAUCUGUUCAGGGUCAAAGGUGUGUCAAACAGACCCUCAGAGCCCCUCCGUCAUCCAGCUGGCUGAGAGAGCAGGGCAAGCUAUGCAGGCCGAGCUUCUUAGACUCAAUGAGUACACAGAGAUGCCACCUUACCUUCCGAAAUCAGUAUAUCAGAGAACUAACUCCGCCCCCUCAGGAGAGGAGGACGAGGAGCUUCACGGCAAGCUAGAAGAUGAUCGCUUCCUGUUCUCUCUGGAAAAUAACUCUGCAGCGUGCGACGUUCUCGACCUACGUGAAGUUCUAUCGCUUUUCCGAAAAGACAAGACAACCUUUCAGUUUGAGUUGAUUACUUUGGACAAUCGGCUCAUUUGUGGAGCUGAGAGUGAGGACGAACUCCUCAUCCACCUGGUCCAUAUCCUUAAAGUGAUUCUCCCGAGUGGUGUGUCUUACGCUGAGGUAUGCGGAGCGGUGGGGGUCAGUAAAGUGUGUGUGUUAGAAGACAGCGGCGCCUCGGACAAUUCCGAGGCCUGGCUGUUACUGUGGGAUGACGGUGUGAGCGUCCACCGAGCUCGCAGAGGCUCCAAGCAAGCGCUAAAGAUGGAGCUGGGCACACUCAGUCACCACGGAAGGUUAACCUAUGUUUCUGUAGAGAUGCUUCCAUCUGAAGACAUCAUCACCAUGGUACUGGGACUAAGGCGUGUUUCAUUGCACUUUGAUGAGCAUGAAAGCUGUGGAAGAUGGUACAGUCUCCUACAGGACGCUCUGGCUAAUCGAAACACUCCAGAAUCUACCGUAGUGCCCAACCAGACUCUGUACCCGCUGGAUGAACUCAAGGAAAUGGACUUAGUGCCGCUAGCUGUCCAACGCUGUGUUGACCUACUUGUACCACACGAUUCAGGUCUAAGGGUGGAGGGUGUUUACCGGCGCUGCGGCCUAGCCUCCAAAGUAUCCCGGCUGGUGGAGGCCCUGGUGAAAGCCCCGGUUUCAGCUCCCCUCGAGUCGGACGAACAAGGUGUACUGGAUGCCGCCGCCGCCCUCAAGCAAUACAUACGUCAACAGGAAAUGCAACUCUUCUCCGAGAGUGAGCGCAAGAACUGGAUGCGAGCUGCGGUCAUUUCAGAUGAGCGUGCCAGGUUCUCAGCCUACCGUCACGUGCUACAGCAACUCCCCUCCGAUAAGCGAGCGACUCUGAACGCCCUAUUUGGACAUUUUUACAUGGUCCAGACUUUCUCUCAGGUCAACAAAAUGUCACCCCACAACCUGGCCCUGGUUCUGGUUCCAUCUCUCUUUUACAAUCUGAACGCCGACCUGCUCAAGAUGACCCGCGAGCUGAUCCUUCACCACGCGCUGCUUUUUCUGGUAAACCCAGAAGAAGAAAUCACUGUCCUCUGA